GGUGGACAACGUCAAACUGGAGUUCACCCGCUCGAAAGGCGAGGCGGAGAGGGAGUGCGACGCAUUGCGGGUGCAGAACGAAAGUGUGAAAGCAGAGGUGGCGGUUCUCAAGGAAAUGCUGGAGCGACACAACGAGGUCCUUGUGGAGAAAGAGAUGGCGAUGGUCAGGAAGGUGAAGUGCGUGUGUGACGAGGAAAUGUACAAGACAAGUGUGUUGCUGGAGGAAAAGCUGGAGUUGGAGCAACGUCUGACGGAGUUGGAACAACAGAAGGUCACGCGGGAAAUCGACGCGCGAGCCCAGAAAGACGAGUGGCAGGGAAAACUUCGGAUGGCCCUCCAAGGAGAGGAGUCUGUCCGUAAAGAGCUGCAAGGCCUGAAAACCAAAUCGAAGCAAGAAAGUGCUCAGCUGGAGGAGACGGAGAGACGGAAAGCAGAGGAAAAAAACCAAGAACUGCGCGUCCACCUGGCGACGUUGUCGCGGUCCGAAGCCGAGCUGAUAGAAGCAAACGAACGUCUGAGGGAAAAACUGGACGUCUUGAGGGAGGAGAAGAUUCGUCGCGGGGCAGAGAGGUACAAGCGGCGGCUCGUUCGCCCUUACACGGACGAGCGUGUCAUUCGAUGAAAAUCCCACAAAGUCUCCCCCCCUUUUUUUGUUCCGCACCUGUUCCUCCUCCAGGUUGGCGGAGGUCAGUAAGGAGCGAGAGGCCAAGCUGGAAGGUAAAUACUCCCAGCUCAAAGACAAACUGCAGAGGGCAGCGUCUGCGGAG